UUGUUCAAAUGAGGUUAUGUGAAAAAUCCUUAGAAAAUGAUUUUACGAUUAAUUUUACGGCAAAAAAAGCAUAUAAAUGUUUGUUAUUACUGCACACAAAGUGAAAAGAAAAAGGUUUAUAGUGAUACAAUAUUUUUGCCUAAAACAAAAUUUCCAUUGAGGUUAGAGAACAAAAAAUUACUGGAACGUGAUGAAAAAAUUACUACCGUUGCCGAAUUUGAUCAAUUAUAUAAGUGGCAAAGAAGUUACUUAUCAGAACCUGAAUUUGUGUUACACGAUGGGCCCCCCUACGCCAAUGGAAAGCUUCACAUGGGGCACGCUCUCAAUAAAAUUCUUAAAGAUACUAUUUUGAGAUAUCAGAUUUUAAAAGGGCACAAGGUUCACUAUAUACCAGGGUGGGAUUGCCAUGGGUUACCAAUUGAAUUAAAAGCACUAUCAAAACCUGAUGCAACACCAUUAGAAAUUAGAUCUAAAGCUAGGAAUUUAGCAAAAAAUACUAUAAGGGAUCAAAAAGCCGUUUUUCAAACAUGGGGAAUAACGGGCGAUUGGAAUAAACACUACGCUACGUACAAUCCUGAUUACGUUAAAAUACAAUUUAAAUUAUUUAAUAAACUCUAUCAAAAAAACCUCAUUUACAGAGACUUUAAACCUAUUUAUUGGUCACCUUCUUCAAGAACAGCUUUAGCUGAAGCUGAAUUGGAAUACAAUGACCAACAUAAAAGCAAAAGUGUUUUUGUUAGAUUUAAAGUGAAUCAAUUCCCUAACAGAAGCGAGCAGGUUUACGCUUUAGUUUGGACAACAACCCCAUGGACGUUACCGGCAAACCAAGCAGUGUGUUACAGUCCAUCGUUGCAGUAUUGUUUAGUAAAAAAUUCCAAAGACAAUUCUCUGUAUAUUAUAGCCUCUGAUUUACAAGCUAGCUUGAGCAAAACUUUGAAUUCUAAGUUUGAAAAAGUGGAAAGCUUCUCUAGUGAAACACUGUCACAUUUAACGUACAUCCACCCAAUUUAUAAAGACAAAAACGUAAAUUUUGUACCAUCAUCGCAUGCUACAGCAAGUAAAGGUACAGGUCUGGUUCAUACAGCACCUGCUCACGGCCCUGAAGAUUUUCUCAUAGCUCUAAAUGAAAAAAUGGAAAUUGAAAAUUUAGUAAAUGAAUUAGGGUGUUACAACACCAGUGCUGGCAAAGAACUUGAGGGAAAGUUUGUACUAGAAGAUGGAACAGAAACAGUUUUGGAAAUGAUUAAAGAGGAUAUUGUCUUUUUGCACGAUUAUGUGCAUAGUUAUCCUUAUGAUUGGCGAACGAAAAAACCUGUCAUUAUCAGAGCUAGUCAACAAUGGUUUCUUGAUACUGAUUCUAUAAAAAAUAGGGCCAUUGACCUGUUAGAAAAUGUUGAAAUUAUUCCUAAGGUCAAUAGUCAAAUGUAUAAGCGAAACUUAAUAAAUCAGAUACAAAAACGACCUUAUUGGUGCAUCAGUAGGCAAAGAAAAUGGGGAGUUCCAAUUCCUGUCUUUUUCAAUAAAUCAAAUAAUGACGUUUUGAUUAGCGAGGAUUUAAUAAGACAUCUUUGCAUGCUGGUGGAUAAUCAUGGAACCGACUUUUGGUGGCAAAUACCCACAAAAGAUUUAAUUCCGGAGGAAUUAAGAGCUGGAAUUAAAAUUGACCAAAUUGAAAAAGGACAAGAUAUUCUGGAUAUUUGGUUUGAUAGUGGAAUAUCAUGGGCUAAUGCUCUUGAAGGCGACAAAGUUGCUGACAUGUACUUAGAAGGGGUGGAUCAAUUUACUGGGUGGUUUCAAUCUUCACUACUCACAUCAGUAGCUUUAAGAGAUAAGGCCCCUUAUAAAACAAUUUAUGUUCACGGGUUUGUUGUUGAUGAAAAAGGGGCGAAGAUGUCCAAAUCUGUUGGUAAUAUUGUUGACCCUUUGGACAUCGUUCGAGGAACAAAAAACAAAAAGGCAUAUGGAGUUGAUACUUUAAGAUGGUGGGUGGCUUGUCAUGCCAACCAAGAUGCACUUGCUCAUAUAAGCAAUAAUGUCUUACAAGCAAGUGCUGACGAAUUACAUAAAAUUAGAAGCGUCAUAAGAUUUGCAUUGGGGUGUUUGUAUGAUUACCAACCUUCAAAUGUUGAUUACAAAAACUUGUCGUUGUUGGAUAAAUAUAUGUUGCAUUUGUUAUAUUUAUUUCAUGAGCAAACAGUGGAAGCAAUUAAGGAUUAUAGAUUUCAACAAAUUUGCAAGUCUGUUAUAAAUCUAUUAACCAAUCCAGUAUCAGCUCUUUAUUACAAUGGAAUUAAGGAUCGCCUAUAUUGCGACCCCAUUGAUAGUAUUUCACGAAAAUCUUCUCAAUUUGUUUUGUUACAAAUUUUUGAAAUUGUGACACAAGCGAUCGGCCCAAUCGUGCCGCAUCUUGUUGAAGAAAUGUUCUUACACUUACCUCAGAAAAAUGGGAAAACAUUUUUCACUUCUACUCACAGUAAAGCAGAGACUUACUGGAAAAAUGACACUGUAGACAAAGUGAUGGAAGUGGUUCUAAACAUAAAAAAAGAUAUUAAUAAAGAAAUUGGUGCGGGUACACAAAACACAGUUGUUAAAAUCGGUCUUUCCAAAAAAAUUGAAAAACUUAUCGUAGAAACUACAACAAUUGGUAAUAUUCAAAAUGAAUUAGAAAACAUUCUUCAAGUAUCUGAAGUCGAACUGAAUAAAGCUGACAUAAGAAGUGAUUAUAAACUCGAAUUGUCUAAAAGUCAACGAUUUCCAUGUGCACGAUGUAGGCGAGUGCAAUCUGAGUGCGAAAAUGAAUUAUGUGAACGUUGUAAUCACGUGAUAAAAAAUAUCACAAAAACUGCAGUUAUUAACUAAAUUCUAAAACUAAAAUUAACAUUUUGUUUUUUAUAAGUAUUGAACAAAGAAAUAAUGUUUUUAAUAAACUUUUUCUUUUUUACCACUUUUGCUU